UUGGCAAGUGGUUCAUAGUUACAACGGUGGCCGUGUCUCCGGGGUCCCUUUUGCAAUCACCUGACGAGCAAAGUCAAUGGGGAAGCCGGAUUCACUUAACAACCGUGAGACUUAACUUUUAUCAACCGCAACGAUUCAUUUAACAACGGUGGCAAGAAAAGUCGUCAAAGAGGGCGAAACUCACUUAGCAAAUGUCUUAAUUUGCAGCAAAGCCGCUGCUGCCGUAUCAAACCGUCCAUCUCAGCUUACGGAGCUGCCAGCAAAGUUUACUUUUCUCCUCUUGGCUAUUUUCCUGUUCUUCCUACUUGGCCAGGUGACUCUUUUUCAAACCUACCAGUUUCCUGAACAAUUGAAAGCGAGUAGCGACGAUUAGUUGCCCCACAGUUCCCAUAGCAGCCAUUGUCCUAUUGAUUCCUCUUGGCCUGGGGAAAGCUGUAGUGCCUCCAGAAGCCAGAUUGAGGGGAGAUGGUUGAUCACGCCCCGUUUCUUCUGAGAUUGCCCACUUGGUAUCCCUGAUUAUUAGGAGGUUCUUCAGGCUGGAUUCACAAACCUCCAUCAGCCAGAAUUCCAGAUUGGAUCAUCACGUUGAUUUUGGCCGCAUUGCUCAGGCAAGGGACGUUUCCCUGGGAUUUUCAACGCCUUAAAUGUUUCUCCGUAAGUGGGAUGGAUUUCGGAGUUUGCCUUCCCGUUACGGAGGCGUCGGUGGAGGUUUCCAACGCAGCUCUGGGAGGCAGGAAGCUCCAGGUCCCCAGCGAAGAGUCGGAAAAUACCAGCGGAAACCCUGUGUCCUUCUCUCGGUCACUUUUGGCCUCAGAAAGGAUCCUUCCUUCGAAGAGUCCUUUUCCAUCGCAGCUAAAGAGCAAUGGGGUAACAGCAGCCCUGGAGCUCAGCAACCCACAGAGCAACCCAGGAGGAGCCACCAUGAAGUUCCUACACCCUGCACCUCUGAGAGCCAUGUCUGUGGGGUCCCAGCCUGGCUCUCAGGCCAGCAACAAAAGAAUAGAUGUUCCAAGGAAUCUGGCGUACAACACACAGCCUCCCGGCUCAAGUCUUAGGAGGAGAAAUUCCUUUCCUAACCACCAUACAAAGGAGUUUAACACCGUUCAGCCAUUGGCUAGAAAGAGGUGGAGCGGCUCGCAGCCGGAUCUGCAGGCAAACGUUUUGAAAGAGACACCAAGGAACGUGAAGCUUAGAGAGGCGGGCGACUCGCUGUCAGGGCAGCCUCGAGAGUCUGGAGCCCGUAACCUUGAUUUGGAAGUUGACAUGAUGGAAUUUGAGCUCUCUUCCCUGAGACAGAAGGGAGAGCAGAUCUCAGCCGGUCCCCCAACAGCCACACAGUCACUGGAAGCCAAGCGAGAAAGACGCCAACUCCAUGCUGCUUACAAGAACAUCAAACAGAAGAAUGUGGCUUUGCUUCAACAAAUCCAGCAUCUCAGUCUGGAGUUGAAGCAUGCCAGAAAAACCAAGAAGGAUCUGGGGAACAGAUCUCGGCUCUCGAAUCAGAGCUUGCGAGUGAUAAGAAUCGGCCAACCAAGAGGAAGAAAAGAAAGUCCUCGUGAAGGAGGAGAUGCAAUUCUCCUCCCAAGCGAACAAAGAGCUUCCUUCUACAGCAGCUGAGAGCCACCCAGGGCUGGGAGCUCUUGUAGAAAAGCUGCAUCUUCUGGAGGAGGAGGAGAAGUCCCACGCUAACCACGUCCGGGCUCUGGAGGACGAACGGACCCAGUUACUGGAAGAGAAGGAAAUGCCUCCUCGAAAGAACGGCCGAGUGGCAGGGCCAGGAGAGAGCAGGAAAGCCCUGCAGGAAAGCUGUGAACAUCUC